AUGGCACCGAACAAUGUCUCCACCCUGAGACAGAAGUUUGAGCAAUUCCUCAACUCUCACAGGCAGAACAAGCAGGCAAAGGACAGCAGCAAUGCGCAAGCAAGCAACGAUCAUACAUCCGCUGCCGAAGAAAAGAAGAAGAAGAAGCAAUCUGUUAAACUAUCGAACAAGUCUAUGAUACCAACAUCGGAUCAUAAGAGUGCUGAGGAGGAUGGAAAGAAUAGGAAGCGUCCACAAUCAUUCUCUGCAUCGAAUCCAAGUGUGCCACCACAGAUGAUCAGUAUGGACACACAUGAUAAUAAUGGUGCGAUCGCCGCAACAAUCACCAAUGGUGACUUGAAGAAGGAGCGUGAGCAGUACUACCGUGGACAAGAGGAGUUCUCCCUCCCACCCGCGCAAGAGGACGUACAUGUUGCCAGCAACAACGACAAUGAGGGACAACUGCAGGCCAACGCCACAUGGGAUGCCAACAGAGAGAAGGCUGUCAAGCGCCUGCUUGGCAACAUGUCUGAGGAUGCCAUCCGCGCCCUACUCAAUCAGAUUCACGAGAUAUCUGUUGCCGAGGGCAGAAAACAGCAGCACCAGCAGCCAACAGCAACUGUCGAUGUGGCUGUUGUGUCCGCAACAGCACCAACCCCAGCGUCAGCCCCAUUGGCCUCGCUGCCAGAGGAGGAGGAUGAGGAGGAGAUGGAACGCCUGGAGCAGCUGAGGAGACAGCGCGAGAUUGAGCGACUAAAGGAGGAGGAGGAAGAGGUCAACGACGAGCGUACAGUAUCUGAGAUGGCCAGACGACGCCGCGAGGAGGAGGAGCGCAUGCGACGUGAAGAGGAAGAAGAAGAGGAGGAAGAGCAACGCAGGAAGCAGCGCGAGAUUGAGCGACUGCGCCAGAUUGAGGAGGAGGAGGCCGCCGCCGAGGAGGAGAUCCAGAACUCCCGCGCUUCCACCCUCUCCUCGCUGUCGACAUCGUCCGCGUCGUCCAAGCGCGUGAGCACAGAGAAGAAGUCCAGCUCGUCACUGCUUUCCUCGUCCAACGCCACACCAAACAACAAGGCGGCGUCGGUCAGCGGAGGAACGCCCAAUGAGAGGAACAGAAGCUACACGAUGGCCACCACCCAGGUCGAGGGCGAAAUGUCGCCCGCACCUGGCCAGGAGUCCAAGAUGCCUCGCUCCCACAGCGGCGGCAACCUUUCGGUGAUGGCUCAUCUGCCCUCGCCGCCACCACACCCCCAGAGCACAUCCAAGUCGUCAGUGUCCAACACCCCACUCACCUCAUCGUCGACCAGCAACAUGGGCUCGACAACUCCAUCGUCCAUCAACAACUCGGGUAGCGCUUCGCAGCCAAACCUGGCCGCCACCGGCUCGCCCUCGCGCAAGGAGUCUGUGAGCGCACCCGCCGACAACAUGUCCAACAAGGACAAGAAGCGAUCGGUGAACAUCAGUGGCUCGUCGUCACCCUCCACCACAGGCAACAAGGCAGAGGUGAAGGAGUCAUUCUUCAACAAGCUGUUCCAGAGCAACAAGAAGUCGACCACCUCUUCAACAUCGUCGAGCUCCAAGAAGAGACUCUCACCAAAGGUUGGCAUCCCCUUCAACGUCAAGCACGACGUGCACGUCAACUUUAACGCCGACACAGGCUUUGAGGGCCUUCCCAAGGAGUGGGAGGUGCUGAUCAAGUCCAACUUCCAGGAGAAUGAGGUCAUGGCCGCUCCAGAGGAGGUGCUCAACGUGGUCAAGUUCCACGCUCAGUACAACAACCUCGAGUCCGCGCCCGCACCAAACCCCUCACAAAUGCAGGCGCCACUCACCGACGAGGCGCCCGUCACGCUCAACGAGCUGAUCAGUCUAGACGACCCACGCAAGAUCUACAUCAACAUCAACAAGAUUGGCGAGGGUGGCGCCGGCGAGGUGUUUGAGGCGACCAACACGCGCACCAACACGACGAUCGCCAUCAAGAAGAUGAAACUCAAGGCGCAGGUGCUCAAGACGGUGAUCAACGAGAUUGGCAUGAUGAAGAACUCGAACCACGCCAACAUUGUACAAUAUGUCGACAGCUACAUCGUGGCGGACGAGCUGUGGGUGGCCAUGGAGUUCAUGGGCGGCGGCUGUCUGACAGAGGUGCUGGACCAGCACCGCGACGUGCAGCUGACCGAGCCGCAGAUCGCCUUUGUCUGCCACGAGGUGCUCAAGGGCCUGGCGUACAUCCACAAGUUCAACCGCAUUCACAGAGAUAUCAAAUCGGAUAAUAUCUUAAUUGGCGUCGAUGGCCAGAUCAAGCUGGCCGACUUUGGCUACGCGGCGCAGCUGACGCAGAACAGACAGCAGCGAAACUCUGUCGUGGGCACGCCCUACUGGAUGGCACCCGAGCUGAUCAAGGGCAACAACUACGACUUCAAGGUCGAUGUCUGGAGUCUUGGCAUUCUCACACGUGAGAUGGCCGAGGGUGAGCCUCCCUACCUCGAGUACCCACCACUCCGUGCGCUCUUCCUGCUGACGACACAGGGUUUGCCACCAAUCAAAGAUGCAGAGAACUAUUCCAAGGAGUUCAACGACUUCUUGUCACGUUGUCUUGAGAAGGAUACUGAGAACAGACCAUCUGCUGCUGAAUUAUUGAAUCAUCCAUUUGUUUCCAAGGCUUGUUCUGGACAGGAAUUUUAUAGGGCAGUGGAGGCAUCCAAGAUUGCCAAGGAUAAGCAAAUUGAACAGUUGAACCAAUUUCAAUGA